GAGAUUAAAUUAGUCUUGUCUAGAAAUUUCGGAAAAUGUAUUAUUAAUAUUAUUAUACGUUUUACUUCUUAUAAAAUCUAAACUAUUUCUUGUAUCAACAAUAACUGGCAGUACCAAAGUGUUUUGUGUUUACUAGCUAGUGCAAGAGAAAUAGUUCAAGACUGAAUUUAUCAGGAUAAAAUCAAAUGAUGGCUGAUGUGCGCCAAGAACCCACCGUCGGUGGCGGCAGAAUCAAAGGACUAACGAUAGUAAAACCCAUUAUUUAUGGUAAUCUGGCAAGAUAUUUUGGUAAAAAGAGAGAAGAAGAUGGCCAUACACAUCAGUGGACAGUUUAUGUCAAGCCAUACAAGAAUGAAGACCUGUCAAUUUAUGUGAAAAAAGUCCAUUUCAAACUCCAUGAAAGUUAUCCAAAUCCAAAUCGUGUUGUGACGAAACCACCCUACGAAGUUACAGAAACUGGUUGGGGAGAAUUUGAAGUCAUUAUAAAAAUAUAUUUUAAUGAUCCAAAUGGAAAUGAAAAACCAGUGACAUUUUAUCAUUUGUUAAAACUAUUCCAAAGUGAAACUGACAUUAUGUUGGGCAAGAAGUCGUUAGUUGCUGAACUAUAUGAUGAGUUGGUUUUUCAAGAUCCAACUCCUGCCAUGCAACAAUUGUUAACAAGUGUUCGACCCAUUUCACUUGGUGCUUAUAAGCAUGAAACAGACUUUGAGGAGAAAAGAGAAAAAACUAAUAAUAAUCUUAUUGCUGCCAAGAAUAAAAUAAGAUAUGAAAUUUCAGAGUUAAAUGAACGAUUAAAGUUUGCUAAACAGAACAUUUCUAAGUUGAAGAAAGACAUUGCUCAAAUUGAGAAAGUUGAUGAUAAAUCAAUUAUAUCAUUGAUACCCCAGUGAUUCUUUUGUGGAUUUAAGCCAAAGCGGACAUGUAUAUAUGCCAGUAUCAGAAAACAUUAUGUUCAUGUUUGACCACUAUAUGCAUAUCUGUCAUACAUGUAUAUAUCAGUUAUAUUAAAGCGAGAAUUUCAUAUUUUUAAAAUGUAUUAAAAUAAAGCCUUAAAGUUACAAUUUCAUAUUUUUAAGUUAUAUAUUUAAAAUGUAUUAAAAUAAAGCCCUAAAAUAGAUGGUAUCCAUAAACAGUCCUACCUUGUUAAAGAAUAAUCCUAUUAAUCCUAUAAUUCACUAUUGCCAGUUGAGAAAUUGGCAAAAAUGUCAUUUUCAACUUCAAAUUCAAAUGUUUGAAGAUAGCUAGGCCUAUUCCAUGGUGGGCAAUAGGAAAACAAGGGAGGUAAUUGUGUUAUUAAUUCCGGUGCUAAGAUUUUUAAGUGUGAGACAGAUAACCUAUGAUCGUAUAAUAGUGAGUUGACAACCUAUUGAGCAAAAGACAGAAAUAAUUAUGUUUUGACUUUCUUAGAAAAUAUGAAAUUGUAACUUUGAAAUAGAUGGUUUCUAUAAAUAGUCCUACCUUGUUAAAGAAUAAUCCUAUUAAUCCUAUAAUUCACUAUUGCCAGUUGAGGAAUUGGCAAAAAUAUCAUUUUCAACUUCAAAUUCAAACGUUAGAAGAUAGCUAUUCCAUGGGGGGAAUAGAAAAACAAGGGAGGUAAUUGUGUUAUUAUUUCCUGUGUGAAUGAUUUUAUAAGUGUGAUAAUGAUACCUAUGAUCGUAUAAUAGUGAGUUGACAACCUAUUGAGCAAAAAACAUAGAAAUAAUUAUGUUUUGACUUUCUUAGAAAAUAUGAAAUUCUCGCUUUAAGCUACAUAUCUAUGCAAUGAAAUGUUAUGAAAACUUUUUGAAAUGUCACACUAUUUUGCUAGUGAUUAUUAUCCAUAAAGUUGCGUUUUGUAUGGUACAUUCUUUCCAGUGUAUGCAUAGCUGCUAAUCAACAUGCAAUUUGUUCUCUAAAGUGUCAUUUGUAUUUUAAGAUGAUAUAUUCUUUAUUAUUGAGUGAUGCUUAAGUGUAAUAGUGUACUGUACUGAUACUGUUUUCAUAUAUUGAAAUGAUGAAGAUACAUGAUACCGAUACAUUAAAUAAAUCAAAUAUACACAUA